AUGCAGCAAUACGAAAAUGGCAAUGCAGGGGGCAUUAAUGGCGGAAUUCUUGCGGGAGUUGAUAAUCUGCAGGAUCCGAAUGUGAAUGCAGGCGACUUUGUGUUGAAUAACCAGUUUCUGGGUAAUGGUCUUGCUGAAGAACAGAAUAAUCUUGCAAAUGUUAAUGCACCUGCAAUUCUUGAUAAUCAACCGAAUAAUGUAUAUGCAAAUGGGAAUGAAGGCAUUAAUGGAGGAAUUCUUGGGGGAGUUGAUAAUCUACAGGAUCCGAAUGUGAAUGCAGGCGACUUUGUGUUGAAUAACCAGUUUCUGGGUAAUGGUCUUGCUGGAGAACAGAAUGAUAUUGCAAAUCAUGCUAAUGCACCCGGAAUUCUUGAUAAUCGACAAAAUAAUGGGAAUAAUGCAGGCUUUAAUGGAGCAGUUCAUGUGUUGAAUAACCAGUUUCUGGGUAAUGGUCUUGCUGGAGCUAAUAAUGAUAUUGCAAAUCAUGUUAAUGCACCUGGAAUUCAUGAUAAUCAACCGAAUGCAAAUGGGAUUAAUGCAGCAGUUGUGUUGAAUAACCAUGUUCUUGGUGGAGCUGAUAACGAAUUGAAUGGUAAUGAAGGUGUUAUUGUAGGAAAUAACUUGGGAUUUCCAAAUGUGGAUCAGGUGGAUCGUAUUCUGGAGGUCACUAACAACAUCAUUCAAAAUGAAGAUGUCAUUAAUAUCUUGGAUCAAGAAAAAAUUGCUCUGUUCAACGAGCUAUUCGAGGCAUCAAUCGCUCCUGAAGAAGCAGCUAUCGGAAUGGUUGAGGCGGGCAAUAUAAAUGAAGAUGUAAAUUUGUGCAUUAGUUAUGCAAUCACAAAAUUUGUUACGCCAUGCUUAUAUGGUUCUGGGCAUUGGUCUAAUGGAGGUGAGGAAUAG